CACUUAUGACUUCGAAGACCAAGCCGAAGAAGUCGACAAUUGCCAUGAAGUCAAAGUUGAAUAUAUGAAAACUAGAAUUGGAGAACUUUUGGGCUGGAAAAAGCAAGAAAUCAAUGACUUAGAAAGAAAGCAAAUUUGGCAAAUCCCCUUCGGUAAAGAAGUCCGUUUAUUUGGUAUUUUGAAAAAAAUAAGAUAUCAAGGGGCAACUAAUAGUUUUCAAGCCUUGAUUUUGGAUCCUAACCAUAAAGUUUAUCGACCCAGCAGUAAAGAAAAUUUUCCCAUUAUUGAAAAUUCAGUCUGUCUUUUUGCCGAAAAAGAUGAGUGCUGGGAA